AUGGGACUGAAAUACUACUCAAGAGAAGUGAACAAUUGUAAGGAAUUCCCAUCGAUAUCAUCCAAUGCUGACCUUCCGAUAUAUGCUAAUCUUUCAUCCAUAUCGAAGAAAAUACGGCAAUGUUCAAUACCAAAAAUAUCAUCUUCAGUGGAAAGCUCAUCGCAUACAGGGCCGUAUGCUAAUAUUCACACGUAUGCUUCCGUUCAAACACAAAAUACCAUUGCGCCAGCCAUGCAAACGUCAGCUGUAUAUCAAACGAACAACUAUUUCAAUAUUUCAAUGCUUUCAUCCAAACAAACGAAUCAGCAGACUGACGCAAGCUAUGGAAAACUACUGAAUACAACCUCGACUGUUCCUCUAUCAAAAAAGGUGCACACAGCGGAUGAAUAUAACAACCAUCGAAUCUAUGAGAACAUGAAAACCUAUUCGAGCUCGUUCGCAUCGACUAAAAUCCAUCAAACAUUGUCAAAUCCAAGUUCGUCAUCAUCAUCUAUCCGCACGUAUAUCAACUUCGAAUUUCGAGAAGACACAUCGCAAAUUGUCUCAUUACCAUCGACUGCCAACAAGGAAAAGGAUAUCGACGAUGCUUAUUCACCAAUACAUUGCGGCGAAACGAAGUCAUCUGACAUUGAGACGAAUGUACUUGAGACAAACUCCAAUGCGAGUACUACCAAAACGAGAAAAAAACUUGAAGUCAACAUGGCCCCGAACUGUGGCGAUAAAAGUGGUUUAUAUCGAACAAAAAUACAUCAUCCCAUCGCACAAAUUCAUCCAACACUUCGUCAACGACACACAUCACAUCGUUCCAAACGACACCGUCGACGAAGUAUAACACCUUUCCGUUCAACUAGUUCGAAUGCAGUACGACGACGACAAAAACGCCAGUCAGAUAUGAUUUCAAGUGUACCACAGACAAAACACGCUCAUGUUCGACACAAACCGAUCGUAAAAUCAGUAUCCAAUCGCUUGUACAAUGGUGUUCAGCAAUCCAUUCCAUUGGAUAAUCAUUCAUUCGAUAGCGUCUAUUCCGAUGAAGAAGCACAAGCCGUUGAGUAUCCAGUGCAGUUCCAUGGAGCUUUACAAAAUCAUAUUUUUGCAUGGUAUCCAACAGUAACUUACAACGAAGAUGAUCUCAUCCCACCCGUUCUGUCAGCGUCAGAAAAUGGUGAAUCGAAUCACCAGACCGAAAUAAUAUCGAAAAAAGAUGAAGAUAGACAAAACAAAGAAUUAUUCGAAGACAAGAGAUCAGAUGAAGAAGAAGAAGAAGAAGGAUUUCAUCCACAUGAUACAUUCGAAGAUUUUCUUCUUCGGCGUCCACGAAAAUCAUCCUGUUCACCUUCGACAAGCAGCACUAGUACUGCUACUUCCGUUAUAAAACCACAACGACCUCCAGCGAUUGUUCGUCGCUCUUCGGGUAUUGCUCUUGGAUUAGAUAAGAACGAUGUAGAUUUUAUUCAUAAUAUUAUUCAACGUACACACGGUGAACAACGUGUCUCCAAUAGAAUUACCGCUCUUCGAGAAGCUUAUGUGCGCGCAGCAGUCAAACAACAGAAUGACAUAGUUAAGAGCAAGCCUCUUGCUUCAAUGGAUCUUGAGAAUCGGGCGAGAAAACCUGUGGCAUUGAAACGUUCAUUGGUCACAUCGAAAAUUCGUGACGAAUUGGAGAGAUACGAUGAACUACCGAUUCAUCGUCGGAACAUAUUUCGCUAUGAUUCUGAUGACGAUGACGAUGACGACGACGAUGAUUAUGAUUACGAUGACGAAGACACGUAUUCAAUCAAUGAUGACUAUCGAUUUCGUCGUCGUCCAUUACCAUCGACGCCUUCUACAGCUCAUCGAAUAAUAAGUUUUAUUUCUGCAGUUAAACGACAAUUACAAAAGAGUUUUCACGAUUUUCGUUCCCGACUCGUUCUCGAAACUAUGACUAUGUCACCGAAUCAUACUACGCGACACAAGCAUCCAUAUCAUGAAUCUCGUCGACAUCAUGCUUCUCGGCCGCGAACAUCCCACGACGUCACUCGUCGAAAUACUACUCAUCAUUCGAAUGAACGCUUGCAUCCAGCGCAUCGACAUCAAUUGCAUCGUACACAUUCGAACACGUCUCAAGUACAACAUACACACUAUUAUCCUAAUUGUGAACAACACUUCUCUCGCAAACCACCCAUAUCACGAAAUAUUGCUCGUCAACAACGAAUGACGAGGAAGAAUUGA